UGAUGAGAAGGUCCUGGUAUUCUGUGUUAGGUCCAUAUGAAUAGCAGAAAACGGGUUUCAUGUGUUACAGCUUUUGAUAAAGGAAUUACUGUGCAUUUAUUGAGAAACGUCUUCAAGGGAGUUUAGUAACAUUUAAAAUAAAUCUAUUACAACUAAUAUUUGGAAACACACAUAAACGGUACACUCGGUUAAGGCCUUCCACGGCUUUAAAGCCUGAGAGUUUCCUACUGAUAACACAGUAAUACUGUCAGUAACAGUAGGAGACAGUGCUGGUAUAGAUUUGGCGUGCCUGCACGGAGCCUGGUUCUCAGUGGCAGGGAGGUGUAGCAGCUUGUGAAGAUGAGUUCCCGGGUGUGUAAGAACUGUGGGGGCACAGACAUCGAUGUGGACCCGGCGCGAGGGGAUGCCGUGUGUACGGGCUGUGGCUCUGUGCUGGAGGAUAACAUCAUCGUCUCCGAGGUUCAGUUCGUGGAUAAUGGGGGCGGAGGAUCCUCAGCUGUGGGCCAGUUCAUCUCCUCGGAUUGUUCGGGAAAAGGGCCAGUGCUGGGAACAGGAUUUCAUACCAGUUUAGGGAAGGAAUCCCGAGCACAGACUUUACUGAAUGGGAAACGUCAAGUAAACCACCUGGGCCACCAGCUGCAGCUGAAUAAGCAUUGCCUGGAUACAGCCUUCAACUUCUUUAAAAUGGCGGUGAGCAAACAGCUGACUCGGGGCAGGAAGAUGAGUCACGUUAUUGCAGCCUGCCUCUACCUUGUCUGCAGAACAGAGGGGACACCUCAUAUGCUGCUUGAUCUGAGUGACCUUUUACAGGUGAAUGUGUACGUUUUGGGAAAAACAUUUCUUCUUUUGGCUAGAGAGCUCUGCAUUAAUGCUCCUGCAAUAGACCCAUGUCUCUAUAUCCCUCGCUUUGCACACAUGCUGGAGUUUGGUGAUAAGAACCACGAGGUGUCAAUGACUGCUCUGAGGUUAUUGCAGAGGAUGAAGAGAGAUUGGAUGCACACAGGACGCAGGCCAUCGGGACUCUGUGGAGCAGCCCUCCUUGUAGCCGCUAGGAUGCAUGAAUUUCGUCGCACUGUGAAAGAAAUUAUUCGAGUGGUCAAGGUUUGCGAGUCUACUCUAAGGAAAAGACUAACAGAAUUUGAAGAUACUCCAACAAGCAGCCUAACAAUUGACGAGUUCAUGAAAGUAGACUUGACAGAGGAAUGUGAUCCUCCGUCAUUCACAGCAGGACAGAACAAAGAGAAAUUCAAACAGCUCGAGCAAGAGUUAGCUAAGAAGCUUGAUGAAGUUGCAGUUGAAAUAACAUGCUACCAGGAUGAAAUAGAGACUGAACUGGAGAACAGUCGACCAAAGCUGAAAGGACCAUAUGCAUCUUACGCAGUGGAAGACUCUAUGAUGGACGACAGUAUCUCAGUUGCUUCUGGUGCUCCCGGGGAAGAGGAAUUGGAUGAUUUGGAAUUGGAGGUAGCAGCGAAUCACCUCAACAAUAAUUUUUAUUGCGAAAUUCUUGACGAAAAAGAGGAUGAUGAGGAGGAAAGGACAGCAACAGAAAAAGACAUGUCCCCUGUUAAACGUCUUCCCCUUGCCUCGUUACUGGGGCCGCUCCCUACAGCUGCCAGCCUUGGCCUUACAGACUCCAUUAAGGAAUGCAUAGCAGCCAAAAAGGAUGACGAAAAAAAUUCUGAAAAUGGGGAAUUGGAUCUGAAUGGAAUUGAUGACAGUGAAAUUGAGAGGUAUAUCUUAAAUGAAAAAGAAGUCAAAAUUAAAACACAGAUGUGGAUGAAAGAAAAUGCUGAUUACUUGAAGGAUCAGAAGGAAAAAGAGGAAAGGAUAGCAAAAGAAAAAGAACUUGGGAUCUAUAAGGAGCAAAAGCCUAAAAAGUCGUCUAAAAAGCGAGAGCCUAUCCGGGCUAGCACAGCAGGGGAGGCCAUUGAGAAGAUGCUGGAACAGAAGAAGAUCUCCAGUAAGAUUAAUUAUGAUGUGCUGCGGGACCUGAACAGCAAAGGAAGCAGCUCUCCGACGCAGGACGAGGAAGGCAGCGAGGAGGGCGGCAGUGCGAAGAAACUGUCAACCAGCAGAAAAUCAGCAAACAGCAGGAGCCUGUCUGCUCCUGUCAGCAACAUGGGGAAGAGGUUACGGCCAUUAAUUUCGACUCAACCCGCCAAGAAGCUUGCAUCUGAACAGGGAUUUGGCUCCACUUCUUCAUCUGAACCUUCAGACUCCUCCAAGCCUGUGGUGGUAGAAAGCGGCCCUGUCUUCUACAACAACGAGGAUGAUGCUGAGGAGGAAGAGGAGGAGGAGGAAGAGCCCUGCGUUAGUGCCAUGCUGCUCAUUGGAGGAAACGAUUAUGGCUGCGAUGUGGAUGACGACGAUGGAUAUUAGCAUCUAUUAGUUUACCGUGGACUGAUAAAAUAUGCCGCUGCCUGUCAAAAGGUGUAUCCUGACCUUUAAAGAAUAAGCACUGACAAGCUGAUGGGACCCUUCAUGUGAAACACAAUAGAUUUAUUGCCUUUCUGUGUUUUUAAGGUAAUUUUAUGAUUAUAUCACUUGGGACUUAAAAGGCAAAGACAAUUACCCUGAGGCUGCAUAUGAACGUUCCAUUGUAGUACUUGAAAUAAACUGUCUUGCUGAUGUUGAAUUAAAUGUCACAUCUCACAGUUCCCAAUGCAAAGGAAGUGUGUGCCUUGGGGAGAUCUUGCUAAAGUAAAAGUACAAACAGGCAUAAGACCCUAAUCAAAGCAUUAGCUUACCACCUGUAUGCAUACAGGUUUAAUCAGGAUAGGGACAAAAUAUAGCCAUGCCUAAUUAGUGUCCAUAAAUAAAAGCUUGGUUCGAAUGAGGUAAUUGGAAACCUGUUAUUGAAAACCUAUUGUAUGAUCUGUGAGUAAAUGUCUGUGGUAUGUAGGAUUUUACUUUUCUGAGUUAAAGAUCAGCGCUACGUGGAUUGGUGAUUCACAAGGACGAAGAAUCACAGUGUGCGCUGGGUUUUAUUAUUUGCAGGAGCUGCAGUGAAGGAAAGGAACAAUACAUUCAAGCACUGCAGGUCUUACCUGUAAAAGCUUUUGUCCCCUAAAAUGAUGUCGCAUAAUUCCUUUUUUUAUUUUAAGCCUUUGCAGGGAAUUUAUUUGUGUGAUGUAGCGAAACAUGAUUUAUAAAUGAAGGUUCCAUCUGUUUAGUUAUUUGGGAAAUAUAACAGCCUUGUAUCAGAUGAGUAAAAGAAAAGCUCUUUAUGAGGAUGGAGUGUAGUGUGGUUUU